AUGGCCGCCGGUGUUCAUCCUGGAGAGAAUAUUACGGGAGAAGAUAUUCAGGCUUACUUUCGGAACAGACGAAAUCAAAGUAACCGCAGCGAACAUGACGGUAAUAACACUUCAACAGGACUGCGCAGUGAAGUGCCUAGGAAUGGUGGACAACGUUCUAAGUGUGAUAGCCUUGGUAUUUUGAUUGGUAAACCCAAGUACAGACAAUAUUGUACCACUGAGUCGCGAAUUAAAUCAUUUGAAAAGUGGCCUGAAGGCAAAACACAAGAUACAAAGCAACUUGCAGAAGCUGGAUUUGCAUAUGCAGGCGUAGAUGACUCUGUAAGAUGUUUUUAUUGUAGCAUAGGACUUAGAGACUGGCCGGAUGGAGCUUGUCCAUGGGAACAACAUGUUCUAGCCAGUCAGGAAUGCGGUUAUGUGAUUCAUUGCAAAGGGAAAGCAUAUAUUAGAAAAAUUCUAGGAGAAAGCUACCAAGACCCUGAUGAGGACGCCGUAAAAGAAGCAAUGCAGAGAAAUGCGGAGGCUGUUUUUGCGGUAAGAGAGUUUUGUGAAGAUGAAAAACUCAUAAAAAGAGCAAUUAAAUCAUUAAUAAAGCAUAAUAUACAGAAGCAAAAUAUACAGAAACAAAUUUCAGCUGUUGAACUCGUGAAAACAAUACAACAAAUCGAAGAGGGAAACAAAAAACAGACAGACACAACUGAACAAGUUCCGGAAGACAAAGAGCCUGACGAUAUUGAAACUGAUGGAGAAGCUUCAGAAUCUGAAGAAGAUAUCGAAGAGACUAAUAGAAAGUUAAAAGAUCCAGUAACUUGUAAAAUAUGUUUUAAUGCAAUUGCUUGUAUUAUUACUCUGCCAUGUGGUCACAUGGUCAGUUGCUCACAGUGUAUCUCAGCACUGACUAAAUGCGCAGUUUGCAGGGCGAAAAUAGAAAGGAAGGUUCGAGCUCUGAUGGCCGUUUAA